AGAGAGAUAGAAGGGAAGAGAGUCACCUCCCAAAAUCCCCCCAUUGAAAAAAUAAAAAAACACAAAAAACUCUCAACUAUUUGUUCAUAUAUUCAUCCACUCUCUUUCUCCAUAGACAAAAGCCAAAAUUCCCCUUCCCUUUUAUCUCUAUAAAUCCUUUGAGGAAUAUCCCAUCCCACUCUCUCUGCCUUUUGAUCAAAACCCCACUUCUCUGCUCUUUCAUUUGAUCCAUUUUUUGCUGUGUUUGUCUUAAGAAAAAACGUCAAAUUCUCUGCAAAUUUGUUGACGGAUGCAGAUGAUGGGUUUUCAGGAAUCGUGGGUUGCUCCGAUAUGUUUUGAGACUUGAAGUUGUUGAUCAAUAACAUAAUUAUCGAGGUAGAUACCACGGCGUAGAUUAUCCGGUGAAUAAAAUUAGCAAGAAUGUUUGAAAAUUUAGAUUCUAAUGUAAUGUUGGAUGAUUGAGAGGAGUAAUUUAGUAAUUGUUGUACCGAUAUUUCGUAAUUUCAGCAAUUUAGAACUCCUUUGCAAAGCUUGGCCACUGUGAACUUUGGCAGUGCCAAAUGGAUGCCACUGCAAGCGGAACCCCAACUAUACAAUACCAUAACAUUCCUGACCAGCCAAUUACCACUAUUGUUGCCACUCCUGUACCAACAUUUGAAAGGCGGCAACGCCAUUGCUUCGGGACCUCCACCCCCGGAGAGUUCCCUUUAGCUGCAAACCCCUCCAUUGUCCUCCAUGUCCUUACUGCCUGCAAUUUGGAUCCUCAAGACCUUGCAAAGUUAGAGGCAACAUGUUCCUUUUUUAGGCAUCCUGCGCACUUUGCUCCUGACUUUGAAUUGUCCAUAUCGGAGCUUGCUGCUCUGGACAUGUGCCGAAAAAGAGCUAUAUUUAAGCCAAUGACAGCCGAACAGCGUCAAGAAUUGAAGCAAAGAUGUGGGGGUUCAUGGAAACUUGUCCUGAGGUUUUUGUUGGCUGGAGAGGCAUGUUACCGAAGGGAGAAAUCACAGGCAAUAGCAGGGCCUGGUCACAGCAUUGCUGUGACUUCGAAAGGAACUGUCUACUCAUUUGGCUCAAACAGCUCAGGACAGCUCGGACAUGGCACAACUGAAGAGGAAUGCCGGCCUAGGCCAAUCAGAUCUCUGCAAGGCACUCGAAUUAUUCACGCGACUACUGGGGCUGGCAGGACAAUGCUGAUCAGUGACGCUGGGAAAGUUUAUGCCUUUGGAAAGGACUCUUUUGGCGAAACUGAGUACGGGGUUCAAGGAUCAAAUCUUGUUACCACUCCACAGUUGGUUGAGUCUUUGAAAGACAUAUUUGUGGUACAAGCUGCAAUUGCAAAUUUCUUCACAGCUGUGUUGUCAAGAGAGGGCAGGGUGUAUACAUUUUCUUGGGGCAACGAUGGCAAACUUGGUCACCAAACUGAGCCAACUGAUGUUGAGCCCCAUCCUUUAUUGGGGGCACUUGAGAAUGUACCUGUGGUGCAAAUUGCAGCUGGAUACUGCUACCUUCUUGCUCUGGCUUGUCAACCUAAUGGCAUGUCAGUUUACUCUGUUGGCUGUGGCUUGGGUGGGAAGCUUGGACACGGUUCAAGAACUGAUGAGAAGCACCCCCGACUUAUUGAACAAUUUCAGGUUUUGAACCUUCAGCCAAUGGUGGUUGCUGCCGGAGCUUGGCAUGCUGCUGUGGUGGGGCAGGAUGGACGUGUCUGCACCUGGGGUUGGGGCCGUUAUGGCUGCUUGGGUCACGGGAAUGAAGAAUGUGAAUCAGUUCCCAAGGUUGUGGAAGCAUUGAGCCAGGUGAAGGCGGUGCACGUUGCUACAGGGGAUUACACAACCUUUGUGGUUUCAGAUGUCGGUGAUGUGUACUCAUUUGGUUGUGGAGAAUCAGCUAGUCUUGGACAUAGUACUGCUGCCGAUGGACAGGGAAAUAGGCAUGCAAAUGUGUUGGCACCAGAGCUAGUGACAUCGCUGAAGCAAGUGAAUGAGCGGGUUGUACAGAUCAGUCUCACCAAUUCCAUAUACUGGAACGCCCACACUUUCGCACUAACCGAAUCAGGGAAGCUAUACGCAUUUGGGGCCGGAGACAAAGGGCAACUAGGCAUUGAACUUGUUGCCAACCAGACAGAAAGGGGAAAGCCAGAGCUGGUCGAUAUUGAUCUCAGAUAGAGUUCAUCAAUAUCUUUGGUAUUCCCGGCCGCCAUAAUGCUCUAUCCUCUAAUUUAUCAUCAUAACUCAUUGCAUUUGAUGUUUGCAUUCCCAUGUCUACUGUGUACAUAGAAACAAAAAAUUGUGAAGUUUAAAGGUUAUUAGGUUAAUAGGGGCCUAAACCAGAUUGCUAAAUGGUUGUUUAUAUCUGAAAAUUUGGCUUGCUCUUAGGCUUCAGGUAGUUGUUGAUAGCAGAUGAUACAUUUAUCAAGGUUUAUUUCAUGACUCAUUUUAUCUCAAGAUUAAAUUUAUAAUUUA